AUGACUCUCUUUCCUGUGUUAAACCCCUCUUUUGUGUUAUCCGAUACCCAUUGGAUUAUAUUAUUCCGCCAAGCCCUUGGAUCAGAAGGACAACGUCAUUUUGACGCUAUGAACUUGAUGGCUAAGACCAGUAUUGUGCACGUGGUCCAGUUGGUUGAGGAAUUGUGGGGUAUCCAACAAAGUGUGUUUGCCGCUCGUUAUCAGUUUUUCAAGCUACAGCAACGAGGCGGAGAAUUUGUAAAUGAUUUCAUUGCCCGCAUUCAACAUCAGCCCCAUGCUGAGGCUGAUGUCGCAUUCAUGAUGCUUCUUCACCGCAGUGGAGCUAAACCAACUUACACUUAA